CUCUAGUACUAAAUACACGGCUAUAACGAGGCCGCGGCCUUUCCCGAGAAUGGUUUAAAGCAUCACUUGGGGGUACCCAACUUACCAAAUUGAGCCUAAGCAAAGAAUUGUAUAAUGGCGGAGUCACUCGGAGGCAGCCGCGGGCGGAACGACAACGUCCUGGGCAAGGCGCAGGCCCUGGGAAAGACUGGGGGCUUCGGCCAGACGCAGGGCUUAGGGCGCACGGGUGCCCCGGGUCGCGCUGGAGGGCUGCUGGACCGCCCUGCCACGGCGCGCCUCGGCCCUGACCGGGGCCCGCCGGCACGCACUGGAGGCAUGGCUGCCGCGCUGGGAGUGGGCCAGACGCAGGGCCGCGCUACUAGCGCGUCACGGCAGCGGCCAGCUAGCGCGCCGCGCAUCUACCCGACAGCGCCACGCACGGAGGAGAACGCCGGCUGGACGCCCGGUGGCAAGGUCCAGGAUGACUUGCUACGCGCCAAGCAGCGUGACCUGCCGGCCUUCUGGUCGGUGCGCGCGCACGGCCAGCCCUUCAACGACGAGCGGUUGGGCAACGGCGCCGCCAACUUCUACCGACUGGCGCAGCCGGCCGGGCUGGACGCCAACAGGGACGCGGUGGCGGGCGCGCUGGGGCCGGCCACGAUGCAGCAGGCGGCCAUGCGCAAGAGCCUGGAGACCGGCAAGCGGCACUUCACCACACUGGAGGAGCUGCAGCCUCUGGACCCGCGCGAGAGGCCCACGCACCCGCUGUCGGACGCGGACCGGGAGUACCUGCUGCAGAAGCUGACGCCCUACCAGCGCAUCCAUGCGCUAUACCACUGCCUGGACAAGAACCCCGCCACCUCGCUCAAGGAGUGGAUCCCCUGGCCCAUGGCCAUCCUGAACCGCGCCACGCUGCACGCCCAGCGCGUGGGCCUGAAGCCGCCGCCCGCCAAGUACGACCUGGAGGACUGGAAGGGCGGCCCGGCGCAGGUGGACAUGCUCAUGCGCCUGGCCACAACAGAGCUGGAGUACAUGAUGCGGCGGCACCUCAAGUUCAUGAGCGACCGGGAGUGCAACUCGGCGCGCGCCCCCGCCGCCCUGGAGAAGGACAUCCUGCGCCACGCCUUCUGGCGGGUGGACCCGCAGCGCACCGGCGCCGUGUCCAUACAGCAGUUCCUGCAGGUGUGGCAGAACCUGCUGCGGCUGAUGGAGUACGACGACGUGUGGGUGAAGAAGAAGGACGCGCACGGCAAGACCAAGCACAUGCAGGUGCUGCAGCCCAAACGCCUGGUGCUGCUGGACCGCAACAUGGCGGCGGCCAUGUUCGUGAAGCACGGCUUCGACAAGGACGGCCUCCUGCCCUACGUCGUGUUCAUCAAUGCGCUCUGCUCCACACCCGCGCGGCUGCUGGGCCACGAGGUGGUGUUGGACAAGAAGUCUCGGGGCAAGAACGGGCUGGAGGACGACCUGGACAUUAGCCUGUGCCUGGGCAACGCCAAGAUCAAGUACCGAUACUGCGAGCAGGGCGUGUUCCCGCCAGGCGAGUUCUCGGCGGCCAUGGGGCGGCGCUCCUUCCACCCGCCCAAGGCGCACAUGUGGCUGGAGCACGUGUACGGGUACGCCGGCAUGCUCGACUACACGCGCCAGUCCAACGUCUUCUACACACACAACACCGGCAAGCCGCUGAACGCCGUGACGGCGGCGGCGGUGAAGAAGCGGCUGGCGGAGACACAGCGGGAGGUGGGCGGCACGGACACUGUGCGCGAGGAGGGCGGCAAGCGUGUGGAGUUCGUGUACUACACGGGCAGUGUGGGUAUCGUGUUUGACAAGGAGAAGUACGACGCCGGUGUUCCCUGCCAGCGCUACUUCUUCGGCCACAACAACGACAUCCAGUGCCUCACCAUGCACCCCAACCGGCGGUGGGUGGCCACGGGGCAGCAGAAGGCCACCGGCGACAUGGAGGUGCCGUACGUGUGUGUGUGGGACGUGGACCAGUGCAUGCAGCUGCAGCGCCUCGACCACGGCCGGGACGAGCGCGGCGUGAUCGCGCUGGCCUUCAGCGGCGACCACGUGGACGGCAAGGGCGGCGACCUGCUGCUCACGGUGACUGCGGACGACCGGCACCUCAUCCACGUGUGGCGUUGGCUGCCGCACAGCAACAAGUACAUCAACGCGCACUACAUUCCGGGCUGGUUCAUGGGGCCGGAGAAGAAGAUUACGCCGCUGCGCAUGAAGGGCGACGUGUACUUCAACCGGCCGCACGAGCUGCGCGACGGCGAGUACUGCGAGGACAGCUGGCUGAACAAAUUCCCCUUCGACCCCGACAACUGGCGCACCGAGAGCGACAACAAACUGGAGCUGGACAAGGCGGAGGCGGCCCGGCGGAUGCAGGAGGACCCCGAAUACCAGGUGGACCCCGCGGCGCAAAAGAUGAGCGAGUUCAUGAAGGUCAAGGGCAUCGUGGACGCCAGCCGGGAUGAGCCAACGCCCAUGACGGCGCCGGCCUGGGAGCAGCCGGUGGAGUGGUGGAAGCAGAGCCGCGAGCAGUGGGCGCUGUCCGUGCCCACCCCGGGGACGGAGAAGGGUCCCAACCCCAUGUGGAGCUUCAUGGAGCACCCCGACUUCCGGGUGCGGGCGGAGGACGCGGACGGCUUCUAUCACGAUAUGCGGCGUGUGCGGCGCGAGGACGGCCCACUGAACCCGGCGGCGGAGGAGGAGAAGCUGCGCAUGCCGCACCACGAGCAGGACCUGCAGGGCUGCAACGGCACGCCACCCAUGGUGUAUGGGCUGGUGUGGAACCGGCUGCGACCCUCGGACGGCCGUCGCGGCAGUGAGUUCGCCAGCUACGGCGUCAAGCACCUCAAGACGUGGAUCGCGGACGAGAAGGGCACCUUCAUCGGCACGUCGGGCAGCUUUGCCAAGUUCCCGAUCGAGAACGUGCUGUCAGCUGUGUACGUGCCCGCCAUGCACGCCAUGCGAUCACCCGGAGACUCGUGCAUCCUCACCGGCUUCGCCUCCGGGAACCUGGGCCUGUGGGUUCCGCCCUACCCCACACGCGCCGGCGCUACCUACACGCUAAUCAAGUAUUUCCCCGCGCACGCGCCCGGCAAGCCCAUCGCGCUCAACGACGGCACCCAGGUGCCCGGCGGCGUACGAGCCCUGAAGCUGCGGCGCACGCAGGCCGGCGUGUUUGAGGUGCUCAGCGGCGGCGCGGACGGCUGCGUGCGCUGCUGGCAGCUGGAUGAGGUGGCGGGCGCGCGGCCGGAUGGCACGCCCAUGAAGGGCGUCAAGCUUACACAGCUUCCACUGGGCCGCGACGGCGCUGCAGAGAUCAGCCUGAUGCCGCCGCCCAACCCGCUGAAGAAAGCGGAGGAGCCGCCCAUCGUGGUGGCGCUGGACGCGCACGAGGCCCUCAACCGCGAGUUCCUUGCGGGCACCAACGGCUGCGACAUCUGGGAGGUGGACGCCGACCCGCGGGUGCUGGUGGAGGGCCACGAGGACGACCUGGACGAGGUGGCGGCGCACCCGGAGGAGCCGCACACCUUCGCGACGGCGUGCAGCAGCGGCAAGGUGCGUGUGUGGGACGCGCGGCGGCGCGACGUUGUGCGGUGUGCGGACAUGGGCUAUGCGCUUAUGGGCAUCGCCUUCAGCCAGGAGCACCUCAACUUCGUGGACGCGGACACGAAGCAGAAAUCCCACGGCUACCACCUGGCUGUGUCGGGCGACAAGGGGCAGCUGACCAUCAUGCAGUGCGACACGCUGCGGCCGCUCAUCCACCACCAGGUGGUGCCCUCCAAACAGUACAUCCCGGAGCUCAAGUACAGCCCGCGCGGCGGCCCCAAGAUGCUGGCAUGCGCCGCCGCCGACCUGACCGUGUACCUGUACCGGGCCGACAAGAACUACCAGCUGCUGUGCAAGUGCAUGGGCCACAGCGGCACUGUGCAGCACGUGGACUGGUCGCUGCCUGUGGACCUGGGCGGCACCCCCUUCGACGGCAAGUUCGCCAUCCAGUCCUGCGACAGCUCCGGAGACAUGCUGUACUGGGACCCCUACUCAGGCAAGAAGCUGCCGUACAACAUGCGUGACGCCGAGUGGCACACGUGGACGCUGCGCGUGGGCUUCGAUGUCAUGGGCAUCUGGCCCGACGGCAGCGACGGCACAGACGUCAAUUCCGUGGACCGAUGCCGCCUGGGCGCGCCCAUUUACGACCCCUUCGAGGCCGAGUACGAGCAGAGCACGGAGGCCGCCAUGCACUACAGCGACCGCGACAGCGCCGACGGCAUCAGCGGCGCCGGCUACCUGGUCACCGCGGACGACUUCUCGCUGGUCAAGAUGUUCAACUACCCCGUGGUGGCGGACGACGCGCCCUUCAAGGCCUUCAGGGGGCACGCCUCCCAUGUCACCUCCGUCCGGCACCUGGCGGACGACCAGGUGAUCGUGAGUGUGGGCGGCCACGACCGCGGCAUCUUCCAGUGGCGCACCUGCGGCGUGGCGUCGGGCCUGCCCCCGCUGCCCGUCAUCUACCAGCUGCUGAAGAAGGCGAACGAAGAUGUCGGCUACGUGCAGGGUCAGGACGGGAAGCCGGUGCUCAAGGACCCGGAGCAGGCUAAGCAGGGGCGGCACGAGGUGUGGGAGGCGCUGCACAAGCGCGCGCGCGCCUUCCGCUCCUACGAGCGCCUCAAGCUGUACGCGAUGCGGCUGGCGGUGGAGGAGAAGCGCGUGAACAGUAUGGCAGGCGCUGUGCCGCAGCCCAAGCUGCCGGACCUGAAUGUGUGGACAAAGAUUCCGGGAACGAACCAGUACGCCAGCAUUCGGCGCGACCAGCUGACGGAGGAGCAGCUACAGGAGGCGGGCGCGUCGCCAACCAAACGGCAGACGGCCAUGAGGGGCGGAAGCGCGGGCGGCGCCACCACGCCGGUGAGCAGCAGCCCGGCGCCCGCAAGCAACGGCAAGCCGGUGUCGGUGGCGGGGGGCAGCAAGCGGGCAUCGGGGACGGGCACGCCGCGCACGGGCGGCGGCAGCGUGGUGGCGGCGGGCGGCACGAGCGGCCUGUCAGAAACGUACGAGGACUCAUACGCGCUGAGUGGGGGCGACUCGGCGACGUUUGCGCCGUCAGGGGCGCGGCCGGCGUCAGCGGCGCGGACGACGUCGGCGCGGACGGCAGCGUCAGGGGGAGGCGGGUCGGGGGCAGCAACGCCGCGGACCGAGGGCGGCGGCGGCGCGUCAACAAGCGGCGCGGCGCUGGGCGGUGUGGGCGGGCGCAGCAAGCGCUACUCGACGCAGGAGAGUGUCGUGAGCGCGGCGCCGCACGAGGCCAGUGCGUCGAUAGCGGAGGAUGUGGAUGAGGGGGUGGUGGAGGAGGAGGGCGUUGAGGACGAGUUUUAGGCCACGGGGCGACCAGUGGGUUUUGUGCAGCCCGGGGCACUACGUCGGCGCGUGGAUCUAGGGCAAAGAGGGUCCGCACUGUGCACCGGAGCAGCAGUGCGGUGUGGAGGAAGAGUGACGCAGCAUUGCAAGCGCUGGUGUGGGCUAGGACACAAAGGCAUGGAGGUUUUGGCGGCAAGAAACAUCAGAACUGCAACCUGACUGACUCUUUUGCGUUUUGUUUGACUGACUUUGGCGCCGACGGGGACACAAGCUGCACACUUGCGAGUCAACAUGUGUGUUUCUACCCCAACGUGGACAUGCGAGCUAUGCCCAAUGUUUGGCCUUGCAUAAAUGUCAUCAUAUUCUAUAAGGCCUUGUCGAUGAGUGUUGUGCGCCGUUGCCGGCGCGUGUCAUUCACCGCGGUUCACACGGGUUCACCGGCACCCACUGCAAGGUGGCAAGGGCAGGCAAGGGUGGAGAGGGUACGAGCUGUGCCCUCCCCCAAUCGUGUAGAGAGCUCAAAGGCAGCGAAACCCGUGCUCAUGUGCGCCGAUGAUGGAGAACCGGAAGGGCAAGCGUGGCCGGAUCCAUGUUGGGCCCGGCCUGCGUGCGAAUGCGUGGCAUCACCGACAUGACC